UUUAUAAGGGAGUGUACGCCUAAUAUUUAAGGCCCCCUAACUUAGUAGUAAUGUCCGGUUUGGUCAAACUUGGUGUGCCUUUGGAUAGGCUUAAAUAUUUGACUAAAAUCAAAGCUGUUACAAUUGAUGAUCUGGUAUUUCGAUUGCAUUAUAGAUUUACAUUUACAGCAAUUUUAGUUGUUAGUAUUUUGAUAACUGGUGAACAAUUUUUCGGCAAACCUAUCAAAUGUAUAAAAGGUGCCGGUGCUGAAGUACCUGAAAAACUAAUUGAAUCAUUUUGUUGGGUCGAGGGAACCUUUACUCUACCGAAAGCCCUAAUUAAAGCUAUCGAUAAGGAGAUACCGGCGCCAGGAGUGGAACAGUUCUAUGAAAAAGAUGAAGUUCUUGAGCACUCGUAUUAUCAAUGGGUUUCUCUGGUUUUGUUUCUCCAGUCGCUAUGUUUUUAUAUAACUCGAUAUCUUUGGAAAAAAUGGGAAAAAAACAAAAUCAAAGGCUUGAUUAGCGGUUUGAAUAAAGUAAUCCUAGAGAAGAAUGAAAAGAUAAAAACUUGCGAAGGUUUGGCCAAACGGUUGGUCGACACCCGAGGAAAAUAUAAUGCCUACGCUUUCCGCUAUUUCAUCUGCGAAGUACUCAACUUUCUCAUUGUUAUACUUCAGAUGGUAUUUAUCAAUUGGUUUCUCGGUGGCGAGUUUGCCCGUUACGGUAUCAAUGUAUUGAAUUAUAUUGACCGAGACCCGAACCUAUCGGAAGAUCCCAUGUCCCGGGUAUUCCCGAAGCUAACUAAGUGCACAUUCAGGCAAUUUGGUCCAUCCGGUGAUAUUAAACGUUUCGAUAAUCUAUGUCUACUUCCGCAUAAUAUACUCAACGAAAAAGUUUAUAUUGUAUUGUGGUUUUGGCUCUAUGUGUUGGUCAUAGCAUCGGGACUUAUGGUCUUAUAUCGGCUAAUUAUAAUGGCUUUCCCACAAAGUCGUUAUUAUCUAUUGCAUAAAUUGCAUCAUUUAGUUCAACCAAAACAUUUUGAUACAAUUAUAACACAUUAUAGUUAUGGUGAUUGGUUUGUAUUAUUUUUGUUGGGCAAAAACCUGGAUUGUAUGCACUAUAGGGAUGUAAUUGAAGAGAUUAGCAAACGAUUGGACAAUACCGGCGAUGAAGAAGAGCCGCUACAGAAUCACUACAACGACGAUGAAUACGACGCCUCCGAAAGCAAAGUCUAAGACAAUAACCACAAAAAAAUCAUUUAUUUUUCGGUCAUUUUUUUAGGAAAAUUUUAAUCAAUUUUUUUUAACAAAAAAAAAGUUUAUUUUUGUGUGUUAUUUUGUGUAUUGUUAUUGUCAUCAACAAAAAAUAUUAUUAUUAU